UAUGAGUUUAUUCAUAACCAAAGAAGCCGGCCAAAGCAUUAUAUAUACACAAGUUCAUUCAUAAGCAAAGAAGCCGGCCAAACAACAGGAGACUUCAUUCUAGCUACUUGAAGAAGAAAACUCUAGCCAGAGAGGCCAUGGCUGGCUUACAGAGAUCGGUAACAUCAUUCAGGAGGCAAGGCUCAUCGGGGCUUGUAUGGGACGACAAGUUCCUUUCUGAAUUGAACCAGCUCAACCAAAAGGAAGACGACGACGACAAAGCUCGAGACCAACAAGGAGAACAGGCCAAGGAGGCGAAGCCUUCGAGAUCCGCCGCGGCCGUUGGAUCGAUCAACACAAUUGAGCGGAGCCGAUCCAGCGGAGGCGGCGGCCGCGCCUUCCGCACCGGCAAGGUGUCGCCGGCGAUAGAGCCGCCUUCGCCUCGGGUGUCGGCGUGUGGAUUCUGCAGCACUUUUGGGAAGAAGAAGGACAAACCCCGUCGCCGGCCUAGGUCCGGCAAGCGUAGGACAUGAUACUCCGUCGCUCCGGCGGCGGCGGCAGCAUCCGUGAUGGGAAAGCUUGGUCCUGGUGGUGUUCGAUGAUAUGUCUGAAUGAGUAGCUAGCUAAAUUGCCCUAAGAAUUUUGGAACAUGUUGGUUUUCAUCUUUGUUUCAUCUGAAAUUCUAGACAUGGUUUUGGUAUUGGUAUUGGUACUUGUUGGAUGUAAUUCAUUCAAAUAUGUGCAUAUUGUUGGGGAAAUUAGGAGGGAUCUUAUUGUACAAAAGGAAGGAUCUCAAUUGUGAAACUCGCGUCUCUUUGAUUGAUGGUUAUGCAGUUGCAAUUGGUAAUUUUAGGGAUUCGGGGGCGGCAUGGUCUUCCCUUUUGUCUCUCCAAUAUUCAAAAGCUUCUUGCAAUUGGGAAUUUUUCUUCGUAUA